AUAUAUAUAUAUAAGCAGUGUUAAACCAAAAGAUGCUUCUUUUCGAGAUUCAAAGCUCCCAGGAAUCAUCAACCCUACCACUCAUCACGCGAUAACUUCGUAAUUCAUUGCAGUUAUUUAGAGAAUUGCGUUUUGACAGUGGCGACAAAAAUGAGUCUGGCAUGUCUGGUAUGUCACGGUGUAGAAAGCCCGUCACAUUCGUUCAGAAGCUACUCGGUAUCGAGUUCAGACAAUGAAGGAAGAUGCUCGGCUAUUGCCAAUUGCUUGGCAAGAAAAACUUCACUCCCGCAUCUUAGACCUAAUUCCGGGAUUACUUCGUCUAAGGUAAUGCCCCACCCUACAAUUCCUGGUAACGGUGUCACGGGUGCCCCACGCCUUGUCAGAAGCCAUGCCGUUAGAAGGGACAUUGUCAGAGACUGGAAUUUCGACGAACAACUCUUGGACCGUUAAAAAACGGGAGUUUGAAUAGCAUUAUCCUCUUCUCUCUCUCUUUUUUUCUUCUGCAUCGAGUAUUUGAAGCAUCCAUGACAAUGUCGAGAAAAAUUCAAGAUUUGAAAUGUCUGUUUAUAGCUAUUAUAUUUCUUUUUUUGUUGUUGUAAUCGCGGAUUCUACUUUCGUGGCGUUUAGCCGCUUGAUCUUUCGAUUUUUUGUUUUAGUGCAUGGAAAUGGUUUAUAGCCUAAGUAGCCCUUUGAUUGAUCCAUUUAAUAAUUUUACUCAGUUUUCCUU